AUGCAGGUGAAACCGGCUGAUACGGAAAGUCGACCAGCCAGUCCCAAAGACAAGGUGACGGGAUUUUCGUCGAGGAUGUCAUGAGAUGUUCUCGUUUUAGCUUGAUGACAAGAAGUUAUUCAUCGGAAUGUUGUCGAAGCACCAAUCGGAAGACGACGUUCGAGCAAUGUUUCACCCAUUCGGAGCUCUUGACGAGGUUUGCGUUUGGUAAAAAUGCGUAGAAAUUGGGGAUGCUAGAAGAUUCACAUUUUUCUUAAACAGGCGGCAGAUGCGGUCAGUGGGCGUGACAUUGCAACAGGGGCGCAGUAGUCUCGCAAAUGGCCGCAGAAAGGCAACAAAAAGAGACCCUUUAUCGAGCCUUCCAUUUUUUUUUCUGGGCUUUUGAAGGCUCAAGAAAUGGUGGAAAGAGGGAGAGGCAGCAAAAAGGGUGCAUAAGAGCCGAUAAAAUGGCGCAAAAAGGGAGCCUUUGUCAUCUUAAAAGGAACAUUUCUAUAGAGCUUUUUCCGACCCUUUCUUUUGAUGUGUAUGAGAGUAGUUUUUGUGGAUUCACCGGCUGUAAAAAUACCUUAAAAUAAUGUUUUUUCAGACAUCAACUUUUUAGAAUAUUUUGAAUGUGUUUCAGAGAUGGAGAUGGAAAGAAGAGAGGGGAAAAUUUAAAAAAUAGCUUUUGCAAAAUGAUUCAUCACAUAAAAGGUCGUUUUUUUAUAUUAUAAAAAUCCGUCGAAUGGAGUCUCAGAAAAAAAAUUUUUUUAAUAAUUUUGAAAAGUUCUUGGAACUGUCGUGUACAGUUUUUCUUAAAAAUUUAACUUCCAAUUUUUUUAUACGGGCUAAAUUUGAGGGUCAUGAGGAGGUUCUAGAACUUUAUCAACUCGCGAAAGACCGUUUCUUCAGCUUCUUCCUCAAAAAGAGUCCCAAAAGGCCGGCUGAUAAAUGAGCGGCGUGACGGCUGGGCCACGGCGCCGCUGAAUAAAAAUGAGCGAAUUUUUUCGUCUUUCGGCCAAGAAUUUCCAAGAGCGGAUUUCCCUUCUCGGCGGCUUUGGGGAUUUGUUUCUGCUUGCUCUGUUUUUCCCGAAAAGAUUUGCAUUAAAAAAAUAUUUUGAGCAGUUUGGAUGCGUUCCAAGCACACAUGGGCGGACUGAAUUGAAGGUCUCCAACUCUUCCCAAUCCUUUCUAGAAUUAUAGUUGAAACCACCUUUUUGAGGUUGAGAAGACAAUAAAAAAAUAGCUUUUGCCUAACUUUGUCAAAAAAAUGCAAUAAAAAUUUUAUUUCCAUAGUUCAUUUUCUAUUUUUAAAAAAAUCGAAGAAAAACAAAUUUUUCCAGGUGACAGUUCUCCGAGGUGCUGACGGGGCUUCCAAGGGCUGCGCUUUUGUUAAAUACAAAAAUAGUCUCGACGCUCAGAUGGGUACUGUAGUUCCCUACUUAUCUUUUCAUACAUUAUUUUCCAGCGAUUUCCGCUCUUCACGGAAGCCAAACGAUGCCUGGCGCCAGCUCCAGUUUAGUUGUCAAAUACGCCGAUACGGAGAAAGAGCGUCAGGUGAGACUGACUGAAUGGACGUUUUUGCUAGUGGAAAAAAUUGCGAUAAACAUUUAGUUUUAAAUUAAGUUUUUAAAUAAUAAAAAUAAUAAGGGGGCGGAUAUACAAGUAUUAAAGGCGCAGGCGGCAGCUUUAACGCCUGGGUCAUAAAGAGAAUCGAUUUUCUCGUCUAUUGACGCAAUUUUUCUGUGUAAGAGCGCCGCAGUGCUUGCACACGAUACACGACACUACGGAAAAGUAUGCUGGACGUCGUAAGAAAAAAACCUUUUCACACUUUUUUUCACGUUUUUUUUCUCCUAUUUUAGGUGCGACGGAUGCAACAAAUGGCGGCGCAAAUGGGACUCCUCAAUCCGAUGGUUGUCAACCCCGUGAAUGCUCAAUAUAAUGCCUACACUCAGGUAAUUCACGGCGUUCUUUUGACGACGCCCCUCCCACAAUUUCCGUAAUAUUUGACGUCUUUUGUGCAUACACAGAACGACGCUAACUCGCAUACUCAUUAAAUUCAAAAAAAUAAUUUUUUUCCUCGAAAAAAAUAGCGUUUUUUUAAAAAUAGCAAAACUAUAGACGUGGAAAAAAAUCGAUCCUUUCACAACUCCUUUUCUAGUUGACAAAAAAACAUUUGGGUGAAAGUUUUUUUCUUAUCUUCUGAACACUUUCAUACCUUUCAUCCUCAAAAUUGGUUAAAGUCCUUUUUUUGAGUGAAAAAAACGUGGAAUUUUUGUGCCGAAAAAUGACUUAUUGUGGUUCUAUGUGUCUUUCCCGACUUAUUGAAAAUUUAAAAAAAGUUUUCUUUACAGAUUUAGUUUAGUUCAUCCACCUAGUGGUAUUUUUUUCUCCUCUGCAACAUCGCCAUGCCAUUCUGAUGUUGCGAAAAUGAAGAGAUUGAUUGAUUCGAAUAAAAAAAUUUAAUUUGACACUGAAAAUGUUGCUGAAAGGCUUUUUGCUUUAAAGGGAAAAAUUUGGUCAAAACACAGCAUUUAAUAUUGGAAAUUGAAAAAAAGUUCCUUUUGCAUUUUGCUGUCGCAAUAAAAAAAUAAUUACCGUAAAUCAGUACGAAACAGAUAAAGAUACAGCUGAAAUAAACAUGAAAAAUCACGUGAAGCACUUGAGCAACAAGAAAUUCAAAUGUUCGCGCGCAAGCUGUCUACCGUAAAUCUAGGUGGAGCAACCCUUCCAAGCCGCUCCACAUUUUCAAAAUUUUACAUUUUCUUCCACUACGCAAAACGCCGUGAAUUUCCAGCAUGUCCCUUGGAACAAUUUGAAAAAUAUUGACUGAAAAUAAUGGCUUUUAGAAUAUCGUUGAAAUUUAUUAUUACUAUUUCUUUUUGUGAGCGAAAUAAUUUCUCUCUAUAAUCAAUGCGCGCACCUGAAUAUUGUCCAGGACGGCUUUAAAAAGCCGCGUCGCACACGCAACGCUUCGUCCUUGCCAAUUUCCCAAAUAGCCUUUCAAGUCGAAAAAAAUGACUAGAAUCGCGUGAAUUAAGCUUUCAAUCAUGCGUUCGUUCAAUAUUUUUCAAAAUUUGAUCAUAUUUCAAAAGUUGAAAGCGUUUUUCGAGGUAGUUUGAGCUCAAAGUUCGAGAGCUUUUUUUAAUUGGUUUAAAAAUUCAGUAUUUAUAAGCUUAACUUGAGAAAAUCGAGAGUGAAGUUUAGAAAACUUUGUUUUGAAGUUUAAUACUUGAAAAUUAACUGUUUCAAAGUCAAGGUUGAAAUUAAUAUGCGGUUGAAAUGUUAGAAAUGGAACGGUCAUUUUUGAAAAUGUUCGUUUUUGACAAUUAUGUAGAGCAAGCUGUUAAAUUUCGAUUGAACUUCCAAACAGUCAUUACACGUGCGAGCAAAAAGAUUCUAAUAAUUGCGAUUGAAUCAAACCGCAUAGUUGCAGUUGCUCCAACAACAGGCCGUUCUAUCCAACGUUGCUCAGACUUCGGCAGCUGCCGCCGCCGCUCAGGCUUACUUCCCUAUUCUUCAGCCUCAAAACUCGGUAUGCAUUCAGCUCAAUCUUGUCCAAAAAAUAUUGACUAUCAAUAAUUUGGUCUGUUUCCCUAGAAGAUACUGUUCCAUAAAAGAAAUUAUGUUUCAAUAACCAUUUUCGAAAAGGAAAAAGUUCGUUUGUUUGCCACAACUAGACACAUUCUAACUUGUCUACGUCUUUCUCUCACAGAAAGAAUCACAGAAACAUGAAAAUAGUACGAUAACGUUAUCGAGGGAAGAGAGAGUGCAGAGAACUUAGGAAUUCGAGAGUGGUCCCUAUAGGGGUUAGAGGGGAAACAGCCCCCCAUAGGGGACGAGGAAGUGGUCCCUAUAGGAGUUUAGUGUCCCUCUCUGAAGAGAACUUGAAGAUUUGGCAAACUUUGUAAUCGAUGAACCAAAAGACCUAAGGCUUGGAAAAAGGUGUCCAUAUUAUUUUUUUCAAAAGAGAUAUUUUUUUUACUUGAUUUCUUGAAUGGAUCGGAGUUUUGAGAUGUUUCAACUGCAAGCGGCUGCGGCAGCGACGGCUCCACAAGUUCUUGCUGCUCCCUCCCAACCAUUGGCUGCACAGUUAGGCCUCACUGCCGGUUUAUCCAUUUUUCAAGAUUUCAAAAUAAAAUACUAUCUGUGUUCAAGAUAAAAUUCAUUCGAAAUUUGGGAGAAAAUCCGAUUAUUAUGAGCCUUCUAUACAUGAUAACCAGGAUCUAUAUGUAUGUUUUCACGACUUAGAACUUACUGGCCGCAUGUAGAAUGGCUACACGCGUUGCGGUCGCUCUAAGGCUUGCAUUAUAGUUCGAAAUCUUUGACUUAAAAAAAGCUGUGCGAAUGUGUUUACGAGACCUUGUGUUCCCAAUGCUAUCAUUAUGAGUCCAGUCAGUAAAUUUACUAUAAUUUUUCUUGAAUAAAAAAAAAUACGUAAGAUAGUGUAGAAAUGAUUUUUCAUUCUUAUUUUCUAGCAAAUCAGCACUAUCAAGCGUUGCAAGCCUUCGCUGCCCAGCAGCAACAGCCUCAGCAUCAAGGUAAUAGGAAUUCUUGAAAGAUUAGGCUUCAAAUUCACAAAAUUUACGUCUGUUUUAGUCCCAACAACGGUGAGCGAGACGACGUAUCAGCUGGCCGCCGCUGCCGCAGCCAACCCUUCGCCAUAUAACUUGCUCGGUUUCGAAGCUCAACACAGUCAGAUUUUUUCUUCUUACUUUUGUGAAAUUUGCUUGUAAUUAUCUUUCUAAAGACAUUCGGAUGAUUUCCAGAUGCAGCUGCCGCCUUGCAACUGGCCCAACUUCAACAACAAGCUGCUGCUCAACUACCUCUGGUCACUCCUAAAGAAGGUAAUUAGUCAUUCACGCCCUCUGCUGGUUUUCAUGAAUUUUCUUUCUAAUUCAAAAAAAAUCUCAAGUAUCAUAAUACAGAAAAAAAAUUUUUACCAACCUAAAAAAAAUUGAACUUUUCAUUUCGCGAUGUCCUCCGGUUAGUCUGAGGAAAGCAACCCAGAAGUGGUGUUUUUCAAAAACGAAGUUUGCUAGAUUAGAAUUUAGGUGAUCAUUUAUGUUAUCAUCCAUCUCUUUCUUUCUUUUUCAAUCCUUCAUCUUCCCAGUGAAAAUAUCCUUUUCAACAUUUAUCCAUAUUGUUUUAGUCCAUUUCCCGGAACUUGAAAUAGUUUGACUUCUCUGGGCUCUCUUACCCCUCUCAAUUCUCAUGUUUUCAUUACUUGGCCUGGGAAGGAAAAGAGACGCAAAAAUGCUAGACUGUAUCAAGUUGUGGGGAAUUAUCUAUAUAUUUUUUAUUCUUCAAUUUGCACCCAGUGGUGAUGGUGUUGGUUUUGAAAAAAAGUUUUCCAUCUUCUGAGACAAAAUUUGAAGUAAAAAUAGGAACGUACAAAAAUUUUAGUGACACGAGUUUUCUAUAUAGUCUGUUCAGAUUUUGAAUGUCAAAUAGGAUGACGUCAUUCAAAAACACUCUGUGGAUGGCUCGCUCUCUGAUUGGUUUAUCGCACCAUUAGGGGCGGACCUUGAGCGACGACUUGACAUUCAAAAUCUGAACAGACUAUAGUUUAAAGUUUGGAAUGUUUUUUGGUUUCAAUAAGUCAAGUAAUGGUUAAAAAAAAACUGUUGCAUUAUUUUUCUAUAUCUGUUCAUAAUUUAUAUGAAGUACGUGCUUCUCGUAUUUACUUUUGAGCUACAGUACCGCUCAAAAGUCUAUUAAGUUUUGGUUUUUUGGGGAUAUCUCAGCGAGUACUUAUCCGAUUUAUAUAUAACUUUCAGGGAUAAUGUAAAAAUAUACUUUGAAACAUAUACGGUAUACAAAGACAUGUCCGCAAUCACUGUGACGCGUUUUUAGGCAUUUUUUUAUUGAAUUCCAUUUUUGUUUUUUUAUGCUUUUAUUUUUUUAUUUAUUUUUUUAUUAAAUUUUUUUAAAAAUUAAUAAUGUUACCAUAUGAUUUUUUUCAUGUUUUCAGACAUGGGAAGAACCUUUGGAAAAAAGGAUUUGACUGAUAACGACAAAAGAGCCAUCGUUGUGGGUCGUCAAAAUGGACUGACCAUGAUGACGUUGGCAGGAAUGUUCGGCGUGACAGAGGCGGGCAUUUCUCAGUUCCUAAAGCGUCAGAAAGCUCAAGAUGGCUCUACUAAGAGCCAACGCACUGGGAGAUCACGUGUCACUGAUCGUAAUGACGAUAGGAACAUUUUGAAGACGUCUAGAACCAAUCCAAGACUCACCGCCCCUGCGAUCAGACGGGAAGUUUUCUUGAAUUCGCCAUCUCCGCCAUCCGUCUCGACCGUGAAACGACGUCUGAAUGCUGCUGGAAUCAUGGGAAGACGUCCAGUGAAGAAACCGCUGAUUUCUGAAAAGAAUCAAGCCGCCAGGGUGAAGUGGGCAAAGGAGCAUCUCAACUGGACCCGUCAAGACUGGAACAAGAUUCUGUGGUCCGACGAAAGCAAGUUCCUCCUCUUCGGGACUGACGGAAUUCAGUGGGUUCGUAGACCAAUUGGGUCCAGAUAUCAUCCGAAAUACCAAUUACCCACCGUGAAACAUGGUGGAGGUUCUUGCAUGGUGUGGGGCGCCUUCUCUGGAAGUGGCAUCGGACCGCUUCAUCGCGUGAACGGCAUCAUGGACAAGCACGUCUACAAAGACAUUCUCCAGAACCAGAUGUUGCCGCACUUGAGAGCCAUGGGCCGUGGGAGUGUUUAUCAACAGGAUAACGAUCCCAAGCACACUUCACUGUUCGUCAAGGUGAGAAAAAUUGACAAGUAAUUCGUAUGGUUUUGAAACUCAGGACUGGUUCAAGAGCCGUCGGGUCAAUGUCAUGGGGUGGCCAAGUCAAUCUCCGGACCUGAACCCGAUCGAACAUCUCUGGGAAGAGUUGGAGCGACGUUGUGCCAACAAAAGAGCCAAGAAUUGCAACGAGAAGUUUGCUCAACUGCUGUCUGAAUGGAAUCAGAUCCCCAUGUCUACCAUCGACACUUUGCUCAAUUCUAUGCAGAGAAGAUGCCAGGCAGUGAUUGACGCCAGGGGCUUCGCAACCAAGUACUAGGUCCCGAAUAUUGUUUUUAACAAUGUUUUGUGUUGAUAAAAAAAUUUUUUUGUUGAGCUAUGAUUUUUUUAAUUGAAAAAUAGCAAAAAAAUUCGAUUUUUUUCGAAAAAUUCGUUUUUUUCUCGAAAAAAAUUAUUAUUCUUUUGAGCUAGCAACUUGAAAUUUUGCCAGAACACGUAUGUCUCUCUCAGAAAAACUAUGAAAAAAAUUUGAAUCGAUAUCGCACUUCAAAAAAAUUUUAUCCCCAAAAAAACCAAAACUUAAUAGACUUUUUGAGCGGUACUGUAUGACUUUUUAAAUUUAUAAUUUCAAUCCUUUGUUGCUUUUCCGAAUUUAAAGUGAGUUAUUGAGUAUAAAUAAAUCGGAAAUGAGAUAUGCUCAUCAAAAAUUAACCGGGCUGUAAUUUUGAAUUAAUUCUAGACUUUUAAAAACUUCACUUGUAGCUCGAAGUACGCAACUUGAACUUUUAAGACAUCCCACGAUUUGACUCAAACAUUUACACUGCAACCUGCCAUUUUCCGUCUUGUCGGUCAUUAUUUCAUUGAUUUCGCCUAAAUAUAGCAGUUUGCUAGAUGUUUUUUUUAUAGUCUAGUGCUAUUUAUGUAUUUUCCUAUCAGUGCCAUCGUACCGUGCCGUUUUUUUUGUGAAAAGUUUUGUAGGAAACUUGGAAAUUUAAAUUCAUAUAUGUGAAGAAGUACGUUUAAAUCCGUCUCAUGGACAAAAAAAAUGUAAAAAAAAUAUUUUUCAGGGCGUCGUUUCGACGUUUCUUAUUUUCUUUCUAAAAUUCGAAGAUUGCGCCAUUUUUUCUUCUAAUCGAAUUUUCAAAAAGAUAUUCAAUAUUUAUCAAGCUCGAAGUUUGAUCUGACGAAUGAAGUCUUCAGUCUCUCGCUUCGAUCCACGGCGACACCACGCAAUCAUGUGAAAAAAAACGACACCACGCAACGCACACGCGCACUCAUCUCGAUAGAGCGUACUUGUUAUUUUUUUGAUUCGAGAUAUAGUCGGUUUUCAGUUUUAUAUUUUUUUUUUCCGACAGAGCCUUGUUUUUCUUGAAAUCGUGAAAUGUUCACCACUGUUUAGAGGUCUGAAAAAAAUUUUGGGGAUUGAAAUAGAAGAUUAGUUCUAGAAGGAAUUAGUUCUCUUCAUUUGGGUUCAGGAUUUCACUUUGUUAGAAUUUAAAUAUAGUAGAUUUUCUUCAAGCGAUCCCUGUUUGAAUAACACCUAGAAGUUUGAUUUCAGCCAUAAUAUACAGUCAAAUUCCUUUUUUGCGCGUCGCUUUUUAUGCAUCGCGUGCACUGCGUACAACAAAUUUUAUUUUCCGCCGUUAGUCGAUUUGGUGUCGCCGUGCGAUCCCACUUUGUAAAAGGUCGAAGUUGGGCCAGUCAGGUCAAACUUUUGAUAACGGUUUAAUAUAGUAAAAUAUUCCCUGGUGGUUGGUGGACUUGAGUUUUUGCGUUUGGGAUUUUAGUGCUUGGUCCGGAUGGUUGCAACCUGUUUAUCUAUCAUCUGCCCCAAGAAUUUGGCGACGCCGAACUCAUCCAAAUGUUCGCACCUUUCGGCAACGUCAUCAGCGCCAAAGUGUUCGUCGACCGCGCUACCAACCAAUCAAAGUGCUUCGGUUGGUGUGUUGUUCUCUCUGUCUCUCAACUUUUGUUUUACUUAUAUAUUAUAUAUUAUCAAGGUUACGAACUAAAAAAAUGAAACAUUUUUUUGAUUCGUAUCUUAUGUUCAUAAUAACUAUCUGGAGAGUUGGAAGGUACACAGAUGAGUCAGUAAAAAUCCUUCUCCGGUAACUCCAGGAAGUUAUUUUGAACCAUAUUUCCUAUUGUAUUUCCCAUAGGCGUGCGACAGUGAACCUUUGAGAAAGACAGCAUUCAGAUUUUCUUUUUGGCUAUUUUCGUCUCUCGGAGAUAAUCUGUCAAACUGCCUUGAAGAAAAAAGGAACUUGUUAAAAACGAAAAAAAAGACUGAUUUGUGCUAUAAAUAUAAUUCCACAAUGUCGUAGUUUUCUUUUCGGCAAGAGAUAUGUGAAAACUGUGAGAUACGAUUUUCAUGUACUCAAGCUGAACUCGUGCCGUCUUCCUUUAUGACAUCAUAGAUUAUAAUUUCAAAUAUUGGCUGCUCGCUGUUGUUUUUGGUUUGAGUGGUGGAUUCAUUCAGUGGCAAAAGCAAAAAAAAUCCCAAGUGUUUUUUUUUUCGAAUAUUUUUCCGAAGCAAAAAGGAUGACGAAAAAAAAAUUAUCACAUGAUGGUGAGUGAUGUAGCCGAUGAACUGCGAUUGUUUGAAAUUUUUUUUCGCAAUAUGAACAUUAUUUCUUAUUGAAAAAAAAUUUGGGAAGCCCGGAAAAAAAUUCAAAUAAAAGCAUAAAAUCAACGAGAACUUUCAAAUUCGAUAUAUGACAAAGUUGCCGGUUUGAAAUUGGCCUUCGAAAAAUAGCUGCUGAUGGGUGAAAAAUUAUGUGGUUCAUGGAAAAACUUUGAUUGAGUUGAACUGAUAAUGUAGGCUUCGAACUUAUGUUCUAAAUUCUUUUAAUUGACAAGAUUCUUAUAAAGAAUUUAAAAAAAAAAAUGAAAUUCGUGAUAAUUUGCAUUAUGUGCCAUCCUGCGAUAGCUUGUCACGAUUUUUGUAUCCCUCCGAACUGGAGAAUCAUUCUGUUCGAAGCGCAAGGGGUGUUUAUCUGCCUGCGUUUUUCUGUUUGGCCUAAAAUUUUCAUUAGAUUAAAGGCGCAGGCCGAGAUGAUAUUGCGCGCAUCGAGGGGAAGGGUUCUGUAGUUCAGAAGAAAACGAAAAUUGUGACAAGCUGGCACGGAAUGGGCUAUAAUCAACUUUGUCAUUUAAUACGUUCAACUAUUUAAUUUGUUUUUUAUUAAACAUCCACCGGAAUUUUGUUUCGAAGGGUUUUAGAAAACAGUCUGAAAGGGCUUUUUUCAAAAAUCCGCCAUGGAGCGUACAAUUUUCAUCCUCGGCGGUUUUCUCGCGGCUGUUUUCCGGGAAUGUUCUGUCUUAUAUCCUAGUCCUUCGGACCGAACAUAGGCGGCCACCCAGCUGCUUGCAGGUUUCGUUUCCUACGACAACGUGCAUUCAUCGCAGGCGGCCAUCGCCGCCAUGAACGGCUUCCAGAUCGGAAUGAAACGUCUUAAAGUGCAAUUGAAACGUCCGCGUGCCGAUCGUCCCUAUUAA